AAUGCCUUCAUCUUGACUUGGCAUGUGCGCUGCGUAAUAAACUAUUGGUCAUGUGCAGAGCAGCUGCUGACGCAUGCGCUGAAGGAGACAAAGUAGGCGUUGGAGGAUGGUUCAUCCGCAAGCACUCCGCUCCUCAGUGCGCGCCGUAUUGUCUCCACCACGACUCCGACACUUCGCCUAGAGAAAGUGACAUGCUGCCUGCCCGGGUGUUCGAUGAACUCCUGGCGGUGCCUGAGGCAGACGAGGCUGCAAAGUGGGCUCAGGCUCAUAUCUGCGCGGCACGUGGAGGCGCACACGCCAAGGCGCACCAAGGAGGCACAGUGGGUUGCCCGCCCUCAGGAGGGCUCUAAAAUGGAGCAGCUCCGCAUCAAAAGCAGGGCCUGGGCCUUGGUCAAGCCACUGCCUGGUCCGGUCGAAGGACCGGCUCAGCUGCUUUGCGCGGCACCAAGAGUUUGCUCUGACAGGAAGUGACUCUCGGAUUGUACAGACUUGGAAAGGUCUCCAUGGUUCUUGUACACAAGGCCUUGUGCAGAGGGUACCCCUUGAUUGAAGGGGCUGUUGUCAGAAUUGCCAGCCUGGAGAACUGAAUUCCCUGAGCAACGCCCAAAAGCCCUGUUGGCCAGUUUAGCAGGUCAGUGGGGAUUAUGGUGAGAGUCGAUAGAGGCUCCAAGAACCAGCUGAGUGAGUUUGGGCGCUGCUAUGGCUCUCGCUAGAAGCAGCAGGCCAAGCCUGAGCCUGAGCCGCAAGCAGAACCCAAGUUGAAGUUCUGCAUUCAAAGCGUUCAACGCCGGCGUGUUUGGCCGUUUCGCCCUGGCCAAAGAUUUCAGGGCCUUGUCACCACGCUCAGAGCCUGUCGCGAAGCC